GCGUCCAAGUGCUCAAGUGGUUCCUCUCGUGUCUUCCUCUCCAGCAGCCUUCCAGUAAAGAAAAACACCACAAUGAGCACCACGAGCGUCAAAGUUUCCCGCAUGAAGAAAGUGGCGACGCUGGGUAAGCGCAAGAAAUCCAUCGAUGCCGACGACGUAAAGAAGAUCGGCAAGAAGGACGAGUUCGAUCCGAACCAGUUCUACGUCUCGCUCACGUCGCACGCCGAGCAGUUCGGCGUCGAACCCAUUCGCAUCCGUUGGGGCCAGAAGGAGCCUGAUGUCCGUGGGCCGAUCAUCGGUACCAAUCGCCACCAUAAGUAUCGUAACGCCAUCGGCGCUCACGGUGGCUCAUACUGCAUCUACCGCGGCUUGGCAGUAGCUUCGGGUGCCAUUGAUAAGAACGCAAAGACUGACUUGACCCACACGACACCUGCUGCCAAGAUCGGCCCCCACCCGUCGUGGGCGGACCCUGAGAAGAUCGUCACUAUCGAUCCUUUCGGUGCUUGCGUUGUGGAGGCCUUCCCCGAGCACUACCAGAAGGGAUACGACAUCCGUCCCACCAUCGCCGUGACCAAGGCACACAUGGACUUUCCAGAGAUCCACGAAGCUGUGCGUCUCGGUCGACUGAAGCCCGAUGGCAAGAUCCUCAAGAACUCGUCACAACUCGUCAUCACCAAAGCUGCCAUUGACCCAGUGUGGUACCUCCCUGGAGUGGCUAAGCGCUUCAACACGACUGAGGCCAAUCUACGUCAACAGAUAUUCCAGGAGACCAACGGCAUGUAUCCGGAGCUCGUGACGAGAAACGAUCUGAAGGUCUUUUUGCCGCCAAUUGGAGGCUUGACGAUCUACAUUUUCGGAUCUGUUGAGGCCAUUUCGGACCCCACGAAGAAGCUGGCGGUGCGUGUGCACGACGAAUGCAAUGGCUCUGAUGUGUUCGGGUCGGACAUUUGCACGUGCCGUCCGUAUCUUGCCCACGGCAUUGAAGUGUGUGUGCAAACAGCGCAAGAGGGAGGAGCCGGUAUCAUCGUGUACUUCCGCAAGGAAGGUCGCGCACUGGGCGAAGUGACCAAGUACUUGGUGUACAACCUGCGUAAGCGCCAAGAGGGCGGUGACAGCGCAGAAGAGUACUUCAACUGCACUCAGACUGUGGCUGGCAUCCAAGAUGUGCGCUUCCAAGCGCUAAUGCCCGAUGCUCUGCACUGGCUUGGCAUCACCAAGAUCGACAAGUUCGUAUCGAUGAGCGACAUGAAGUACGACGCCAUUGUCAAGUCGGGUAUUGAAAUCGUGGAGCGUAUCCCGAUACCGGAGGAGCUGGUGCCGAAGGACGCUCAGGUGGAAAUCACCGCCAAGGUGUUCGCAGGCUACAACGGCGGCAGCGUAUACAAGGUAGACAAGGAGAAACUCAAGCAAGUCAAGGGUCGUGAUGACAAGGAAUACGAGGAUUCCGAAUGAGUUAACCCCUCUUUUCACCGGUCGCUAUCACAAAGACUCCAAGAAUCCACGCACUUGUAGCGCCGACUGAUUAGGCUAAUAAGGCUGACAGCGAGGCUGUUAACGAUACUUUUUGCACGAUUCAGCAAGGCAGACAACGAGGCUGUUAACGAUACUUUUUUGCACGAUCCAAUUAACUUCUGACUUCAA